GGAAAGUUAGCUCAGCCUUGUCAGUCUAAGCUUCAUUUGAGAAUUUUCUUGGACAAUACAAGGGGUGGUAAUGUUGUUAAAGAUUAUUUAAGUAAGAUGGAGAAGGAGGUGGGGAAGAAGAUAAAUGUUCAUUCUCCUCAAACUAACUCAGCAUUCCAAAAACUUUUUGGACUUCCACCAGAGGAGUUUCUUAUCAACGACUUUACUUGUCACUUAAAGAGAAAGAUGCCCCUACAGGGUCGUCUAUUUCUCUCACCAAGAAUAAUUGGAUUUCAUGCAAAUUUAUUUGGACACAAGACUAAGUUCAUUUUUCUCUGGGAGGACAUAGAAUACAUUCAAGUUGUUCCUCCUACUUUAUCUUCCAUGGUCAGUCCAACUAUGAUCAUGACUCUUUGGCAAGGCAGGGGUAUGGACGCAAAGCUUGGUGCGAAGACACAGGCUCAGGAAGGCAGGCUGAAGUUCCAUAUCCAGUCCUUUGUAUCUUUCAAUGUAGCUAAUAGGACAAUAAUGGCACUGUGGAAGGCUAGAUCCUUGAGUCCUGAGCAGAAGGUGCAAAUUGUUGAAGAAGAAUCUGAAGCCAAAAGCCUCCAGAGUGAAGAAAGUGGGUCAUUUUUGGGCCUUGAUGAUGUCAGCAUGUCUGAGGUUUAUUCUUCUGUUCUUUCAGUACCUGUAAGUUUUUUUUUUUUUUUGCAGGCCUUCAAAUAUGUCAGUUUUCCUGUUUAGAUACAUGUUAUGGUAAGAUAUAUUAUACAGUUUAUUAUUUUGAUCACCAUUUAGUAUAUGUUUGUUGCUUAAAAAGCCAACCUUGUAUCUGGUUUUGUAGUUAAGAAGUGCUAUUUUGGGUUACAACUCCAGUGAUCUUAUUUUCAAUAUGUUUUAGAUGUAUUACACUUUCUAUUUUUGAA